CUUAGGACUUUCGAGUUGGGCUUAUUCAAAUCCAUUCGCUGAAAUGGCUGAAUGGCACUGUCUUUUUCCAUUGUCGAGAGCUGUAGCUAUGGCGGCUGACACUUGAACGACGGCUUGGCAACUGGCGAUAGCUGCAUUUCAUAUGACCAAUCAGGAGCUUGUGCGUUCGACCCUUUCCAAGCUGCUCAAAUUGAGCCUACUCACACGGUGAAUGAAGGACAAUGGUAGUCACAACUGAGUGAGUAACAGUAGCGUUGACCUUGAUGGCUCUUGCGUCAUCCGAUUAUAAGAAUAGCUUGCCAUCAAGGUGCACGGUGUAGCAAUCGCAAGUCCAAAUCUACUUCCAAGGUUGCUUAAAUCACCUCUAUUCACCCACACAAAGAUCGCUAUAACUACUUGCGACCGUGAUAAUAGUAUUAGCCCUACUAUCGUUUCGCAUCGAUUUUGGUAUGGUAUGAGAGGUAUAUAUACUCACCUGAGUGUAUCGUCGCGUCACCUAACCUCACUUAUUCCCAUUUACCUUACCUCUAUCCUUCGAUCAUCUAUUGCAAAGAUGGAUGCUUUGCCAGGCGACUUAGUCUUGGCUAUCGCCGAACAGCUAGACGUCAAGUCGGCGCUGAAGUUGGCCGGAACUUGCAAGCACAUAAGCUCGGUUAUUCGAGCGUACGAGCGAUCCGUGGUGCUUACUCGCAUGAAGAGUUUCUUGUAUCCUCCGGUCGGCAAUGUCCUCUCCUCAGAGCUCUGCCUGCGUCGUCCCCUGCGCCAUGGAAGCUUUGAGAUGAUGAAGGAGCUGGAGCGACGGGAAUCUGCUGUCGAGGAUAUCCUCACGAAAGCGCCUGUAUACAUCAAUAUCCGAUCGCCGGCAAUGUUGGGAGAUCUCGACGAUGAAAGCCAGAUACGCCUGUCCGGUCUCCUAAAGAGAGCUUUGGCGCAAUGCGAUCACAUCGCUGACAUCGCAGCGAACGCGCCCUGCAAACCGAAGGAGAAACACUGGUAUUUAAAUCUUAACCGAAGAUACUGGGAGAUUCCAGACCUCGCGUGGGGAUUCCGAGAGAAGGAUCCUUACACCAACUAUUCCGCGCGACCCUAUCAGCGCGAGCACAUCCAGAGCUUACCACUUGAGGAGGUGGUAAUGCUACUCUACCUAGUCACUGCCUUGUCAUUAGGGUUCUUAGAAUCCAUGGCGGGGUUUAUCGACUCGGACCCCGCGGUCUUCGAACGGACGACAAUGUUCGAGGACUCCGUCCUCCGCCAUGGCUCUUGGUUCAUCUGGGCCCACGCGGUUGGCGGCACAGAAUGGCAGAGGAUGUCGAUGAAGAUUGUCACUGUCGCGCUCGUCGAGCUUUCAGACUACGAGAGUGGACGCGAGGAUGCCCUUCCCGGCCUUCGGUCGGCUUUGUUGGAACGAUUUAAGGAAUUGACCAUCAUUGAUGAGGACACCAUCCCCAGAAUGUUCACCAUGGCGAAGCGCAUAGUGACGGGAAAGGAUCCCUGGCCGGAGGAAGACCCAGAGGAAGAUGAUGCGGAGGGAAGUGGAGACGAGAGCGGAGGCGAGGGUGGGUCUGAGGACGGGGAUGUAGACAGUGACGAGAAUGGAGUUGAGGACUCCAAUUAAAAUACAUUG